AUGACCUUACAGGGCAUUCAAGCACUUCCUGUCGAUUUCUACCACCUGCUUGCAGCAGAGCUUUCGGAUCGCCUCGACUACUCGACACUGUACAACUGUAUCGUCAGCAGCAGGACUCKGGCAAGCUCUGGAGCUGUCAAUGCACUUUAUCGGAUAAGCCAUUUGUCUCCCAUCAAAGGCGGCAAUGAUGGUCUCUCGUUAGCAGAGCAAGAACUGACGACUCAGAGAUGGUCCAUCCUCUGGAGAAGUAUUGUUCUUUCCACCUGUGACCAAACAUUGUUCCCAUACUCGCGCUUCUUGCGUGCCCUAGACCUCCGGGACCUGGAAUCGUUGAUAGAGGACGAAAGGUUUCGCGGCACGAUCCAAAAGAACUUCUUCUCGGGAAAGCUUGAAGAAUUUCACUUCACCCAGCUUAUACGCGGCAAGAACCGACCGAGGGGGUACACCAGACUGGACACCAGGAAAAUCGUGCUUGCAUUGGGCAAUAGGAUCACCCACCAUGCUCCCCUUCUGGACUCGCUGUCUGAAUCCGCAAACGUUGAUAUCCUGGCCGAGGCAUUAUUGAACUGGGCUCCGCGAUUAUCGUGCCUCAGAUCUCUAGAAUUUGGAGAUGGCAAGGCACUUGCUGACGAGACUAUUCGGAACCUUUUGCUUGCGCAUUGUCCACAUCUGAGCACUCUUCGGAUAUUUAUUUGUUCUAACGAGGAUGCCGACCACUCGGUGGCAACAUUCAUAAGCACAAUGCCAGAGAACAGCUUGGCCUACUUCGAGACCAUCAGUCACUGCCGCGUUGGGCCAGAGACUUGCCUGGCAUUGAACAGACAUGGCAAAAGUCUGCUGUCGCUCAAGCUCGGGUCUCUGGAUGACGCUGGUGUUCGAUCCCUUGGACUGUUGCAGGACUGCACCGCCAUCGAGACUCUGGAACUGUCAUCCUCAACGGCAUCUCCAGACCUAAAGGCGACGCAGAACGAUACGUAUCUCGAAAUCAUCUCUUGGUUACAGACCUGCAACGCACUUCAGGAUAUCAGCAUCGGAGACUUCAUCUCUGCGCCCGACCUCCUUCUGCCUGUUCUGCAGAACAAGAAUGUAAAGCUGCAGAAGCUGGAGAUCAGCGCAAAGCACGGCGAGUACAUUGCGAAAGACCAUCACGACUUCCACAAGGCCUUGACUGAACAACCAAGUCUCCGCAGCCUUGUGCUCAGAGCAGAUCCAGAGGAUACUGUCAGAGACGAUAUAGAUGUGCUAAUGAACGCCUUUCGCUCUCUGAAAAACUUACGACAGCUUCGUCUCUACCGCAUCUCGGACUUCUUCUCGGACGAGCAAGUAGUGUCACUCGCCGAGGGUCUUAGCAAUCUCGAAGACCUAGACAUUUCUGGCUAUAGUGUGAGCGAUUCGAUUUGGUCAAGCCUCGCCAAGUUGCCGUUGAAAGUGGUCAAUUUUGGUGGCAUCACGACAUUCACCGAAGACGGAAUACUAGACUUUAUUGAGCGGCUCGAUCCUAGGCGAAACUGGGGUCUCGAGCUCUCAGUGACCAAUGCCGAUCCGGAUGCGGCCAUCGGACAGGACAGUCUCGAUCUCGUGCGAGAAGUACUUGCUACAAAGCUGGACGGAAGGUUUGAUUAUGUGCUCCUCAGAGAUCCAAAUGCGUGGGAAGGCGAUUCCGAGGAGGACUCAGAUUGA